AUGCCCUUCCUACCCCCACUGACUAGUGUACUGAGCCUUUACGUAGCGGGCGUCAUUCGAGACACGAUAUAUUUGGAUGGAGGUGAGCUCUGGUGGAGGAGGGGGCUCACAGAUGGCACCUAUGAUGGGGUCGACAAAGAUGCUUCAGUUGAAGGUCAAGUGUUUACACUUCCACUUUCUACUCCUUUUGACACGGCACACACCAAUUUGACUGGCCUGUUCGGUCGCAUGAACGCCAUCAAUGGUGCAUCCGCCAGUCUUACUCCAAAUUAUGUCGACGGUGCCAUGCUUGCCAAUGAUUAUGAGUUCAUUCUCUAUGGGGGCCUCCACCGCCAAACAGACAAUCCUCCGCCUGAAGAUCAGACUCUCUCGUAUGAGCGGUACUACUCGGGACAAGCAGGCUCCCCGAAUUGGAAAGAGGGAUUUGUUCUAACCCACACCAACAACAACGUAACUCGAUAUAUCACCCAUGGUGCCGGCGUAUCCGUUCCCAGUGAGAACAGAGGGUACUAUUUCAGCGGGAUGCGCGGAGAAAACUGGGGCCCAAUCGCUAUUGCGGGUCCCUUGGCCAACGAUUCUGCGAAUUCUCUUGUUUCAGUGGACAUGAGCAAAUGGAGGGAUGAAGAGUGGGACAAGUCGACUUUACCUCCAGAUAUCAUUCCGCGAGGCAAGGCAGAACUUGCCUGGGUCCCUGUCUCCGACAGUGGAGUGCUCAUAGCUAUUGGUGGCGUCCCAUACCCUGAGGAUGUUUUCAAGGGUGGCAGCCUAACUGCUAACCAAACUCGUGAUAACGAACGGCUGGGGGACAGUUUCAUGAAGACUGUAUCUAUAUAUGACAUUGCAAGCAAAAAAUGGUUCACGCAAAAUACUACUGGCAUCGCUCCUCCCGGGCGUAGCGACUUCUGCUCAGUUGUAGCGUCUGCCAAAAACGGGAGCUCACACAACAUCUACAUUUAUGGCGGCUACGGUGGUAGUGAUCGAAGCGAGAAGGCAUUCGACGAUGUAUAUAUUCUCUCUGUGCCGUCCUUUACCUGGAUAAAGGCAUCUCAGGGGCAGAGCGAGCACGGUAGACGCGGGCAUAAAUGCGUUAAAGUCUAUCCUAACCAGAUGUUUGUUCUUGGCGGAGAAUUUCUAGGCAAGUCGAUAUGCUUAAACGGAGGUGUCAUUCAAGUCUACAACUUGAACACUCUUAGCUUCCAAAACGUUUAUGAUCCUGAAACAUGGGAAGAAUACAAGGUCCCUUCGCUCGUGGUUGAUGAGAUAAGAAAUGCUGAUGGCGGUGCCACGGUCAAUGACGACCUACGUGCUAUUUUCUCGCGAACUUAUUCUAAACCCAUUAAAACGUAUUACCCCUACAGAGCCACAGAGACUCCUUCGGAGCCAGAGCCAUCUGGUGGAGGUGGCCUCCCAAACUGGGUUGGCCCGGUGCUGGGGGUGGUUCUUGGGCUCAUCUUGAUCACGGGCUUGGUCGUCGCUUGGCUUCUCUGGCGUAGACGCAAGGAUAGACGGUACGCUCCUAGCGAGGGUGCUACGAGCGAAAAGCGGAGCCGGAUUAUGGGCUGGAUCUAUGGAACGUCGAUGCCCGGCAAGAAUAUUGAUGCAACUACCACAGCAACAACGACUGAUCAUGGCCCGCCGGAGAAACACAUGUCAGCGGGUUAUUCCGAGGUCGGAAACGAAUCUGUCACAACGCCGCAUUCGAGACCUACCAUUGUAUAUUCGGACCUCAAUGAGGCAGCGAGCUCACCAGUGCAUGAACUUCAAGCUAGUUCACGCCCGGCGCUGGGUAUGCAACCGCUCCACGCAGAUUCUGCCGACCGAUCUCGUAACGUAUUUUCAGGCGCCACGAUUGCGACGCCUUUGGAACUUCCCACCGAAUAUAACGAGUCCCCGAUCUCUCCGCGCCCUCGAUUCCCCAGCGAUGCCGGAAGCUUCAUUAGCCCCGUUUCCCCUGAACCAGGACCCGUUUCCCCACCAGCCAGCCCGCCUCCGCAGCUACUUUCCUCGCGGCCAACGCACAAUCGGCAUAAUUCAUCGCUAUCGAGCAUGGGCUUUCCCACCUCAAUGAACAACGCGGCCACAGGCGAACAUCACGACAACACUGACAGAGUGAUCAAUGAAGAGGAGAAUUUACAACGAAACCAUUUUGUUUCAGGCAUCACAGAAGACUUUUCGUCUGACUCAGAAUCAAACCAUGGUGGCGAGCCGGAGGUCAAAACAUGGUGA